AGACUAUCCGAAAGUGUGACUGGGCAAUGUGGACACACUGGAGAAAUUUUUCAUACUAGUUAGCUGUGAAAAGUAUUUUGCAGAAAUAGAAUUGAAAAACUAAACAUUUCGAGGCUAUUUCGGCGAAAGCAACCAUCGUUCGAGGCACUCACGACACCAGCAGCAGCAGGAGCACCACCAGCGCAACGUAGCAAUUGAGGAAACAUGGGCGACUUAAUGAAUAUCGACAGCAUAAUAUCGCGACUUCUUGAGGUGCGUGGGGCACGGCCAGGCAAGAACGUACAGCUUUCUGAGGGCGAAAUUCGAGGCCUCUGCCUCAAGUCGCGCGAGAUUUUUCUCUCGCAGCCCAUCCUCUUGGAACUGGAAGCGCCGCUGAAGAUCUGUGGCGACAUUCACGGUCAGUACUACGACUUGCUGCGUCUGUUCGAGUACGGUGGUUUCCCUCCGGAGUCGAACUACCUGUUCCUGGGCGAUUACGUUGAUCGCGGCAAGCAAUCGCUUGAGACGAUCUGCUUGUUGCUCGCUUAUAAGAUCAAAUACUCGGAAAAUUUCUUCCUGCUGCGCGGAAACCAUGAGUGCGCCAGCAUCAAUCGUAUCUAUGGCUUCUACGACGAGUGCAAGCGGCGCUACAGCAUCAAGCUGUGGAAGACGUUCACGGACUGCUUCAACUGCCUGCCAGUGGCGGCUAUUGUCGACGAGAAGAUCUUCUGCUGCCACGGCGGCCUUAGUCCUGAUCUGACCUCCAUGGAGCAAAUUCGACGCAUCAUGCGCCCCACCGACGUGCCGGACCAGGGUCUGCUCUGCGAUCUGCUGUGGUCCGAUCCGGACAAAGACACUAUGGGCUGGGGAGAGAACGAUCGCGGAGUCAGCUUUACCUUUGGCGCAGAAGUAGUGGCCAAAUUCUUGCAGAAGCACGAGUUCGAUCUCAUCUGUCGUGCCCAUCAGGUGGUCGAGGAUGGCUACGAGUUCUUUGCGAAGCGCCAGCUGGUUACGCUCUUCUCGGCGCCCAACUAUUGUGGAGAGUUCGACAAUGCCGGCGCCAUGAUGUCGGUGGACGAAACGCUGAUGUGCUCGUUCCAGAUCCUCAAGCCGGCUGACAAACGUAAAAAGUAAUAUCGCAUACACAGUCCUUUUCUAUACAACAAAUACAACCAACCAACCAAGAAACAAAACAAAAACACACCAACAACCAGAAAUAAAAAUGCUUGAAACACAUCAGAUCAUGGACGGAACCUAGGGCGAGUCCAAUUCCGCGGAAAACCAAUACCAACGUAGCCAGCAGCCAGCACCUGGUGGAUGACUGGAGAAGCAUGAUCCUUGAGCUCCGAAAUGAGAAUGAAGUUUUAACCCAUUGAGAUUUGAUUCGCAAUUAGAGAGAAAACACAUUUGAAAAAAAAAAAACCAUGAUUAAAAGCAAACAUAUUUAUUUUUAAUAACUGCUCCAGUCCCUAAAUUUAUAUCUUUAAAUUUUACCGAACAGUCCAUCCACCCACACACACAUUUAUACAAAAACACACACAUAUAUACACACAUACUAUACACACACACCACCCACAGACCUGAGAAAAUGCGUUUUGUCCAAAUUUUAAACACUAGAAAAACAGGUCAUCAAAUUGGACUAGACAUACGGACAGUGACUGAACCUUAGUCGGUCACAAAACAUAUUAGAAGGGGCCCAGUAGCGCUCUUUGGCCUUAGGAUAAUGAAGCAAAUUAUGAAAAUACAAAAAAUCGAAAAAGGGAAAACGUUAAGUGAGGAGAACGCUUGCCAAGAAGUGAAAUAUAAACAUAUAUGACGAUGUUUUGACCUUCAAUUUGAAAGAGAAAUUAAUCAGUUUUUGUUCGUCCACCCCACCCCCCAUCAUCAGUCUGAUUAGAUCAAAUGGAACCUACAAAUACAAAGCCCAUAAUAAAAGAAAUUUAUAUUAUUUUGCAUUCAAUUCCGCAAUCAUACAACUGCAACCUUUCUUUCCGUUCGCCAUCCUCUUCUCUAUCAUUUUUAAGAUGUGUUUUUUUAAAAAUUAACUAUUAUUAAUAUGUAUUAUCAAUAAUCCUUUGUAUUAAUAAACAAAUGAUAUAAAACGUG